UAAAUAUGCAGCUGGCGACGUCAUUGUUUUUGUUGCCAAUUCCCUUGCUGGUCUCCUUCCUCUGGCUACUUUAGUCCCAGCUGAGGAACUGGGAAUCCAGACUGCACUGGGAGAUGAAGAGAAGCUGAGGAAGCCCUGGGUACCACAGGCUGAAGCUCUCUGCUCCAUCAAUCCCCUUCAGGAGAGGACAAGGUUGAUCUCAAGGACAACGCGAAACAAAAGGUGGCCCUUGGCGUUUCCCCCCACGGCCUCAGAUCUCCCCUCGUCUCUUCGUAGCCAUGGAACGGUCCACACAAGAGCUCUUCCUCAACUUCAUGAUUGUACUGAUCACGGUUCUCCUCAUGUGGCUUCUGGUAAAGUCAUACCAAGACUGAAAGACUCCCUCCUGCCCCUUGGGAGUGAGUGAGGGAUCUACGUUCAGAAAAAGAAUGCAAAUUCUACUAUAUAGGAGCAGUCCUAUGCCUGCUCUUUGUCUGUGUGUCAAUUUUUUUAAAAAAGAAAACAAUACUCUAAAAUACCUCUUGCCUAUAUCUGCCCACAAAUUCAAAUUGACCUAGGAUGAUGCAAAUAUGUAAGCUAGCUACAAAGCAAUGAAAGCACUGAAGUAUCCUUGUCCUUCACAAUCAACACAUGGAGCCAUUAUGGUGACUCCGAGCACCUUUCAAGUCUGUGUCUGUCUGUUUUCUGACUCCCUCUUGUUUGUGUGGUCAGAUUUACAUACCUGAAAUGUGACCACGUAGCUUCAUUCAUCCUCUGUUGCUGUCAUUUGAAUAAAGAACUAAGUAGGAUGCA